ACAGGUUUACGCUUCAUGGUUGAGCAUCAGGCGCAAUGCAAAUGAUCAUCCACAUAUGCUUUAACAUAUAGAAUCGAGCUAUGGGGAGACUCCAAAGAUGACACCUCUCAUGUGACACCUAGUGGGCUUCAGAGCACACUUCAGACCUUCCUGAGCCGUAGCCCUGAGAUGCAACGGCGGCUCUGUGCCUUCUAUAAUUUACCACCAGAACAGGCCACCAGAGGACUCCAGACCAAUGAUCAAUGUUCAUCUUACACCUAUCAGCGCAGCUAUCUGUCCUCCUUCUCCACUUGUUACUUCUGGGCCUCUGUAUUUUUGUCAUGCCUCCUUUAUCCUGUAUCUACCACUGCUGCUAUCUUUCAAGUAGGGGUAGUCGGGCCAUGGUCCUGUGACCUACUCUUUGCCAAAGCUUAUCCCAGUGCAGCAGCCCAGCUUGCUGUAAGUCGUAUCAACCAGAACCCAUCUCUCUAUUCUGGAGUCACUUUUGAUUAUGUCAUCCUGGACGAGGAUUGUGAGACAGCGCAUGGUCUCUCCCGUUUCCUUGGCUACAAUUCGCAGGCAUCUGCCUUUGUUGGGCCGAUCAACCCAGGUUACUGUGACACAGCAUCCCUGCUGGGGAAAAGCUGGAACAAAGCUGUGUUCUCCUGGUCAUGUAUUGGUCAUGAGCUGGAUGUCAAGCGCAGCCAUCCCAUGUUUGUCCGCACUAUGCCCCAGCCCACGAUUGUGUUGCUGCAUCUCAUGCGGUACUUCAGCUGGGCUCACGUGGGUAUAGUUUCCUCAGGUGAUGACAUCUGGGUAGAGACUGCAAGUAAGGUAGCCAAUUCUUUGCGCAGCCAUGGAAUUCCCAUUGGCAUAGUGGCAUCUAUUGGUAAGGAUGUGACCAGCAUGCACAAGACUCUAGCCAAGGUCAAGAGAGUGAAAAAUCUACGAUUGGUGAUCCUUUGUAUGCAUUCAGUCUUAAUAGGGGGUAAAGAUCAGCAGAUGCUUCUUGAGAUGGCCCAUGAUAUGCAGAUGACAGAUGGCUCCAUGGUAUUUGUGCCCUAUGACACUUUUUUGUACAGCUUGCCCUACCAGAACCUUUCUCAGCUCAUCCUUCCUAACAACAGUAAGCUACAGCGUGCUUAUGAUGCUGUGCUUACCAUAACUGUGGAUUCACCAGAACAACACUCAUUUUAUCAAGCUUUUGCUAAGGCUCAGAUGAGCGGAGAGCUUCCCAAGAACAUUAAACCCAACCAGGUGUCCCCUCUGUUUGGUACCAUCUAUUCCUCCAUUCUGUUUAUGGCUCAUGCCAUGCAGAGUUUGAAAGUAUCCAGACAGAGUGAUAAUCUGGCCCAGCAUGCACGUAACCUGACAUUCAAGGGCUUCAGUCAUUUCAUCCACACAAGCCAUUUAGGCUCGGGUCUCCUGGAUUAUGUGGUGCUGGAUACAGAUGGCUUAUCAUGGGAACUUAGGCCUUGCUACCGCAUAGAGAUGGAGACGAACAUGGUACACUUCCUUGGUCAUCCCAUUCACUUCCCUCGAUUGGGGCCACCUAAGACUGACUCCAGGUGCUGGUUUACACAAGGAAUCAUCUGUAGUGGAGGUGUGGAUCCUUUCCAUCUGAUUAUUUUCUUCAUCUGUGUAUUUCUACUGAUCUUCGCUUUUGUUGCGACUGUUUACUUUAUAAGGCGACGACUCAAUCAGAUUCAAUUAGUCCGGGGCCCGAACAAAAUCCUGCUGACCUUAGCUGAUGUCACCUUCAUCAACCCAUCACUAAGUAACAAGAAAAUGAGUUUGGACGAAAGCAAGACCAGUGAUACAAGGAAAAGCAUCUCAGAGCGCAGCCACAACUCUCCGUUCUCUAGUCAAUCUCCUGCCACUUAUGAGAAUUCAAAUAUUGCCAUCUUUGAGGGAGAUUGGGCUUGGCUAAAACGACUUCCCCAUGGAAACUUUCGGAGUAUCAACCCAAAUACCACUGACGUGUUUGAACUGAUGAAAGACAUGAGGCAUGAGAACGUUAACCCUUUCAUGGGUUUCUUCCACGACUGUGGGGUCUUUGCCAUAGUGACGGAGUUCUGCUCCCGUGGCAGCUUAGAGGAUCUGCUGCAUAAUGACGAUGUUAAACUGGACUGGAUGUUUAAGUCUUCACUCUUGCUGGACCUCAUUAAGGGAAUGAAAUACCUCCACCACAGGAAUGUAUGUCAUGGAAGGCUGAAGUCCAGAAAUUGUGUGGUUGAUGGGCGCUUUGUGCUCAAAGUGACUGACUAUGGCUACAAUGAAGUGUUGGAGUCCCAGAGGUUUCCCUAUGUACAGCCACAACCUGAGGAGCUGCUGUGGACAGCCCCUGAGAUCUUGAGAAGUUCCUUUCCAGGACUGAAAGGUAGUUUGGCAGGGGACAUAUACAGCUUCUCCAUUAUCAUGCAGGAAGUGGUGGUCCGAGGGCCCCCUUUCUGCAUGUUAGAGCAGUCUGCUCAGGAAAUUAUUCAGAAAGUAAAGAAGCCUCCACCAUUGUGCAGACCCACAGUAUCUCCAGACCACGCUCCUCUAGAAUGCAUCCAGCUAAUGAAGCAGUGCUGGAAUGAACAGCCCGAGAGGAGACCACCAUUUGAUGAGAUUUUUGAUCAGUUUAAAAACAUCAAUAAAGGGAAAAAGACUAACAUCAUAGACUCCAUGCUCAGGAUGCUGGAGCAAUACUCCUCGAAUCUGGAGGAACUGAUCAGGGAAAGAACAGAGGAGCUGGAAAUCGAGAAACAAAAGACUGAGAAACUGCUCACACAGAUGCUGCCACCGUCGGUGGCCGAGGCUCUAAAGUUGGGAAGCACAGUAAAACCGGAGUACUUUGAUAGUGUCACUGUCUACUUCAGUGACAUUGUUGGCUUCACUACAAUUUCAGCCAACAGUGAGCCGAUUGAGGUGGUGGACCUUCUUAAUGAUCUCUACACGCUCUUUGAUGCAAUCAUCAGCAACCAUGAUGUGUAUAAGGUUGAGACCAUAGGUGAUGCCUACAUGGUGGCAUCAGGUUUACCUGUGCCGAACGGGAACCGCCAUGCAGCUGAGAUUUCCAACAUGGCUCUGGAUAUCCUCAGUGCAGUGGGGACGUUUAAAAUGAGGCACAUGCCUGAUGUACCGGUCCGUAUCCGAAUAGGACUUCACACAGGUUCGUGUGUAGCUGGAGUUGUGGGCUUGACCAUGCCCAGGUACUGUCUGUUUGGAGACACAGUCAACACAGCUUCUAGAAUGGAGUCCAUGGGGAUGCCGUAUCGGAUUCAUGUUCACUCCAGCACAGUUAAAAUCCUGAUGGCACUGAAAGCAGGAUAUAAAGUGCAGUUAAGAGGCAAAAUUGAGCUCAAGGGCAAAGGUGCAGAAGAAACCUACUGGCUCAUUGGGAGGGACAGUUUCACCAAACCACUCCCUGACCCACCUGAACUUAAGUCUGGGCAAAUGGCACAUGGCUUGCAGAUGGAGGAAAUAGCUGCAUACAAGAGGCGGAAAGCGGAGAAAGAGCUUGCAAAGAAGAAUAACUGAGGACUGAGAAUAAGGACUUUAAGCUGAUGCUUCAGAAGGCGGUGAAGAAGAUCUCUGCCGUGCGUCAGGUGGCCCAGGUUACUCUGGCUGAUGAAGGCAACAUCAUGAUACACCAUCACUGAAAACCCUUUUGCUUGUGCUCUUUUGACUUGUGCACAUGACGCAGGAGCUUGAUGCAGACAAAACAAGGAAAUCUUUAAGCCUUCCUUUGUUCCUGGCUUGGUCCGGUCAAAGUGGCUUGAGCUCUGGAUAUUUUCUACUGCACAUGAAAGGUCUGUAAAAUCAGGACUGCUUAAUUCUUAUUAAAGGCUCCUGUUCAAGAUCGAGAAGGCAUAUCGUCAUGUGCAUUUCAGAGACUUUCACUGUAACUUCUCAUUUUUAAGUGAAUGAAACUAACACACAACUACCAGGAAGCCAGGUAUUAGGUGGAAUAUUCCAGCACUGUCUCUCCUAUUCUGAAUACGAUGUACCUUUGUGACUUAAGCCAAAGUCACAGACGGAACUAAAAUUAACUUCUGGGAACCCAUUGCUCAGCAAAAUGAGGACGGGAUCAGCAGUAGAGGGAGAUAGAUAGAGACAUCGACAGAGAGACAGAGGAGUGAGGGUAAGAGAUUGGAUCAGAUCACUUUUUUUUCUAUUAUCUAAAGGGAAGAAAUAUCCUUCUCGCCUGAGGAGAAAAACGUCCAAACUUGGUUCUGGCCAGAAAAUAAGGAGCAAAACCUUGGUGCAAAAAAAUUAUUUAAUAAACAAACUAUAUUUAUAUGUUUAAAUGUUAUAUAACACUACAUAUAGUAUUCAUACCUAUUAGAUUGAUCUACUGCCAUGGUGUGAGAAUAGAGCUUUUAGAGAUUGUUGCUAAAAUGUUGCUCAGACAGACAUCUCUUAAUAAGGGGUAUGUUUAACAUGGACUCCCAUGGAUGUCAUUAAUGCACAAAUGUUUUAGCAAUGUUUUGACUGUAAUUGUAGGGUGUCAGUGAUAUACCUGUCAAAUGUACAAUAUCUGCUUGUUUUUAUCUAGCUGUGAUCUAACGUAGACUAAUUACUGUAAGACGAAAUAAAAUCUCUGUCUAAAAUUGUAAUUUAAUACUGAACUUAUGUAUUGAGGACACUAACCAUCUCCCCUAGAAGAUUUGCCAACCUGCACGGA